AAACGGGCAUUUGCUGCCUUUAAAAAAGCUGCAAGUUUGGCAGAUUCUUCACCUGCGUCGGUUCCAUUGCCACUCCGUGUAGAGCCCAAGCCGAAAAGUGGAAUCAGACAGCAAGAUCUCCUAAAGAACAUCGUUGAGAUCAGACCUAAACGACAAAGAGUGUCUAGCCCAUCAAAUGGAAACCAACAGAGCCCAAAUUCAGGUUCCAGCCCAUCCAAAGGAAAUCAUCAGGCCCCAAUCUCAAGUUCUGUUGCAUCAACAAGUGAGAAAACCAAGCCUGUCCCAGAGAAAGAGCCUCUUCCGACAAAGCCAACAAGAGAGGAAGCUGAGACCAAGCCAGUGGACACUGUUAAAAGCUUACUAGGACUUGCUUAUGAAAGUUCUGAUGAUGAAGAAGCUUGAUUGUGGAAUGAAUUGAUAUAAACUAGAGCAACAGUGUGUUUGUCCUUUUUUUUUUUUUAGCAUUUAGUCUUAUAAUAAUUUUUGUUUCUCAGAAAAUGUAACUACGCAUCUGAGUUUCAUAGUAGUGCAAUUUUAUUGGGACAAAGGGAAACAAGAUAACCAUAGGAUAUUAGGGAACAUCAGAACAGCAGUUGUCUGAUUAUUCUGUGUAGAGUGUAGACAAACUCCUUCCCUCUGCA